GUUCCAUUUCUAUACAAGAUAUUUAACAUAGUUGAUUUGCGAAAUAUAGAAAAUAGUCAAAUUUCUUGUAAAACUUUCACUACAUGAAAUGUUUGAAGAUGAAACGUGUAAAAAGUCUCGUCGCUCAAGGAACAACAAGCCAAUUAAAGGUCACCUUGAUCGCACAAAUAUACUUGGAAUUUGUGUUGAUCGACACCGGUCGCGUAUUUGAAUUCAGAAAUCAUCAAAUUUAACGUGUAUUUACCUUUUACCGAUCGUUACCAUCUCAGAAAGUCGAGCAGACAGGAUGUGUGAGAAGGAAGGUCAAAAGUUUAUCGGGAGGGGUACCCAUAAGGGUAAAGGGAUUGCUGUAUUCACAAGCGGUGGUGACUCUCAGGGCAUGAAUGCUGCUGUUAGGGCUGUUGUCCGGAUGGGUAUUUACUUGGGAUGUAAAGUUUACUUUAUCAAGGAGGGCUAUCAAGGUAUGGUGGAUGGUGGAGAGAAUAUGGUUGAAGCUAAUUGGUCUUCAGUCAGUUGCAUCAUCCACAAAGGAGGUACCAUUAUUGGUUCUGCUAGAUGUCAAGAUUUUAGGGAGCGUCAAGGUAGAUUGAAAGCGGCUAAGAAUCUGGUGGAUCGUGGUAUCACCAAUCUGGUGGUCAUAGGAGGCGACGGUAGUUUGACUGGAGCUGAUCUCUUCAGACAGGAGUGGUCCAGCCUUCUGGAUGAGCUUCUGGCGAUGAAACAGAUCAACGCCGAGCAACGACAAAAGUAUCGUUCUUUGCACAUCGCCGGAAUGGUCGGAUCCAUUGACAACGACUUCUGCGGAACGGACAUGACCAUUGGAACGGACAGCGCUUUGCACCGCAUCAUCGAAGCCAUAGAUGCCAUCGUCUGCACGGCGUACUCUCACCAGAGGACGUUCAUCAUGGAGGUCAUGGGCAGGCAUUGCGGUUACCUGGCAUUGGUAGCGGCUGGUGCCAGCGAGGCUGAUUAUGUUUUUAUCCCGGAGGAUCCAGCGCCUCUCGAUUGGCAAGUAAAAAUGUGCAAGAAGUUGAGCCAGGAACGUAACUCUGGGCAACGAUUGAACAUCAUCAUAGUAUCUGAGGGGGCAACGGAUAGGAACGGUCAGCCAAUAACGGCGGAGCAAGUGAAGAAGGUCAUCGUUGAUAACUUGAACCAAGAUACCAGAGUAACGGUGUUGGGUCACGUGCAAAGAGGUGGAAGUCCAUCUGCGUUCGACAGGAUUUUGGGCUGCAGGAUGGGAGCCGAAGCGGUGAUGGCUCUCAUGGAGGCCGACGACAACACCGAGCCUUGCGUCGUGACUUUGGAUGGGAACCAGGCAAUCCGAUUACCGUUGAUGGAAUGCGUCAAGAAAACCAAGGCUGUGGCAGACGCCAUGCACAGCAAGAACUUCGAACUUGCAGUGGAGCUUCGUGGAAAAUCGUUCGCUCGUAAUUUGGAGACGUACAAGCUUUUGACGCGUCUGCAACCACCCAACCGCCUGGUUGAUUAUGUGAUCGUUCAGAAUAGUUACAAUUACGGCGUCGUGUGUGUCGGAGCGCCGGCGUGCGGCAUGAACGCAACGGUUCGUUCUUUCGUGAGAAACGCCAUCUAUAGGGGCGACACCGUCUUCGGAAUCAACGAUGGAAUCGAUGGUUUGAUCGCCGGUAAUCUGAAGAAGUUGGAUUGGUCCGAUGUGACAGGAUGGGUGGCCGCGGGCGGAGCCUAUUUGGGAACGAAACGGAAUCUACCAGGAACAAGGGUCAAUUUGAUCGCCAACAAAUUAAAGGAGUUCAAUAUACACGCUCUGCUGAUCAUUGGAGGGUUCGAGGCCUAUCAGGCAGGAUUGCAGCUGACUGAAGGAAAGGAGGAGUUCAAAGAGCUGCGUAUUCCCAUCGUCGUCAUCCCGAGUACCAUCAGCAACAACGUCCCUGGAACAGAGUUUUCAUUGGGAUGCGACACGGCUCUCAACGAGAUCACCGAGAUUUGCGACAGGAUCCGCCAGUCGGCUCAGGGCACGAAGAGGCGUGUCUUUGUGAUCGAAACUAUGGGCGGGUACUGCGGUUACCUAGCAACACUAGCAGGUUUGGCUGGUGGUGCGGACGCUGCGUAUAUUUUCGAAGAAAAGUUCAGUAUUAAGGAUUUGCAGCAGGACGUGUAUCAUAUGGCAACGAAGAUGAGCGAGGGCGUGCAACGCGGAUUGAUAUUGCGUAACGAGAAGGCUUCGGAGAACUACAACACUGAUUUCAUAUACAGGUUGUAUUCGGAGGAGGGUAAGGGUCUGUUCAGCGCCAGGAUGAACGUUUUGGGGCACAUGCAGCAGGGCGGUUCUCCGACACCCUUCGAUCGCAACAUGGGCACGAAGAUGGCCUCGAAAGCUGUGGAAUGGAUCGCGGAUUGCAUCCAGAGGAGCAAGACGGAUAAGGGAAUCGAAGCGAUGUCGGCGGACACCAGCGUCCUUCUCGGCAUCGUCCGCAGACAAUACAAAUUCACUCCGCUUGCCGAAUUGAAAGAGGAGACCGAUUUCGAACACCGCAUCGCCAAAGAGCAGUGGUGGCUUAAGCUGAGACCGCUGCUGCGAAUUCUCGCCAAACACGAUUCCGUUUACGAGGAGGAAGGCGGCAUGUACAUUUCGGUGGAGGAGAACGCCAGCGAGAAUUAGAAGAACCUGAACGUGUUCAAUAUUAUUAUUAUAUAUAUAUAUGUAAUUGUGAUGUAUCAAAAGAAAUUAUUUAGA